AUGCCUGCAAAAGUCACCGAAAGCGCAAAAGUCUCCAAGCCAGGGACUGCCUUCCGGCGGAUCACUGUCGCGACAACAGGGGACAUCUAUCAGGGCUCUCAGAUCCCUCAGUGGGUCAAGAAGAAUGGGGGAAGAUUUCUUGAGAAAGUGACUACUGAGGUUACGCAUCUCAUCACGACUGAAAAGGCCUAUUUAGAAAACAUAUCGGAAGUGCGAGCAGCCAAAGCCCUCGGAAAAAUCAGAAUUGUAUCUCGGGACUGGCUCAUUUGUUCGCUCUAUGCGAAUCCCAUUCGUCCUGUGUCCGAGGCACCGUUUCUCUUGGAAAACCUGACCAGGCCUAACAACAAGGACGCAGAAGCAAAGGGUGCAGGUGGUGCUCGGAAUAAAGUGAACCCUUUCGAUCAAAAGACCACAUCAGGUGGCUCGAAACGAGCUCGCACUCAAGCCAUUCAAACUAUCCUGCUUGAUCCAAGUACAGGUGCAGCUUGGGAUGCUACACUUCUCCGCGAUGGCAAAACUCCUCGUACCCGUGAGAAAAUUCGGCUUGCAAUUUUCGAAUCCUCUGCCAGCCCGAAGACCUACUCGACCUGGGCAAGAUACAGUCGCGUCGGAAAGUCUCAAGUUGAUGAAUUGACGGCUCCCAAGAGUGACAUAACGUCUGCCAUCAAGAAUUUCAAAGAUUAUUUCAAAUCCAACACAGGAAAGUCUUGGGAAGAAAGACACAGCGAGGAUCUCCCGACGCCGAGACAAGACGAUCAGGGUAAUGUACUUCCCAUUCACGAAGGCUGGUACAUUUACGACAAUCAAGAGAACAUGUUCACCCGCUUUCUGAGGCAACCUCCCACAUCGACAAGCGCUACAGGGCAUGCUUCGGCUACAAGUCAUGAAGUUUCCUACACCGAACACACAGACGAUUCAGCAGCGGACGAAGAAGCACUUUCGACCCUCGAUGCCCCACUAGAAGAGAACAAUGCCCAUGACCGCGCAUGA